UGGGAAGCGAGACGGGAAGCCAAAGUGGUCAAAGUUAAAGUGGUCCCUGGGCAAUAAGGGGACCGGCGUGCACGCCAACACAUGCGCAACAGACACACACGCUAGUGAGUCACAAGCGCGCACGGCAGAUCUGCGCCUGGAGACGAUUUGAGCGCGCUCGCUAUUCAAGUCAUGGACGGCAGCGAGCUGGGGGACCAUUAGGAGCCGCUGGCAAAAAGCCGCUUAAUUUGCAACACACGGACGUUGCAGCCUAAACCGCGCGGACUGGACCCACGCUGCCUGACAAGCGGAAUUAUCACCGAUGUGAUCAAUACACCGAACGGCUUUGACGUGGGGGUGGGGGGGAUGAAAAAUCUCACUCCGUACAAUCUUCCCCAUUUUACUUGACAGAAACGCUGUGUGCCAUAUGCUCUGCGAAUUUCAGAGCAGCCUAUGGCAAGCCAUUUGUCCUGAUGCGGAGCGUCUGAUGGUUGCAGUGGGACGGAUAUCCUCAAUUUUAUCCAAUAGGCAUUCUAAGGUUUUUCUGUGUUGGACGCUUUUUUUUCUCCAUCUCUCGCUGCGCUGACCUUAUUCACAAGGCUUUAAAUAGGUAAACGUUGACUGUCAUGCAGUAAUGAACAUCUGACUUGGGAAAGCCAUUGACUGGCAGUUAUUUUUUCACUUUAUUUUUUGUGUGUCUGUUUUUCUUUUUUUCUUUUGGCAGAAUUUUAUUUUUGUGGAUUCGCCUGGGAGGCUGUUUUAGGGUGAGAAGCGGCCUGUAUAUGGACUUCACUCCCCCCUUUUUUAAAAAAAACAACAAAAAUAAAAUAAAAAUAAAAUAAAAAUAAAAAACUCUGCAGGAUUUUCCUCCUCCUCGGUCCAGAGGAAUACAUUCAAGUCCGGGAGGCUACUGCUUCUCCUCUGUGGGUUUAGAAUGGUGACCGCACCGCAGAUGAACGCAACUCUCAGAGUGUUUGGCGUUUUUCGCAGGCGAGCAUCUUGACUUGUGAUCGAGAGAGACGCGGACUGCAGCAGCCUCCAGCCCCCCUUUUCACAUGGAGAUUUGUGUCUCGGUGGUACUGCAAAUCUUGAAAACGUGGUCGGGGGCCCUGAUGAAUUUUCCUGCUCUGCUCUCGCCCUCGAGUUCUUUUAUUCGAAAAAAUGCGGAAGCCUAACACCAGAUGAACUAUGAAUGCGGAACACAAUGAUCUACUCCCUCCAACGCCAGACAAUGAGAGGUCGUAGGCUGAAGGGGGCACUGUCCAACCCCCUUUUUGUGGUGCUUUUGGCUCUUCAGAUACUGGUGGUGGCUGGACUAGUUCGUGCUCAGACCUGUCCUUCUGUCUGCUCAUGUAGUAACCAGUUCAGCAAAGUCAUCUGCACACGUCGUGGUCUACGGGAUGUCCCAGAUGGCAUUUCUACCAAUACUCGGUACCUGAAUCUUCAGGACAACCUAAUUCAGGUGAUCAAGGUAGACAGUUUCAAGCAUCUACGCCAUCUGGAGAUUUUGCAACUCAGCAAGAAUCAUAUCCGCAGCAUUGAAAUUGGUGCUUUUAAUGGGCUGGCAAGUCUGAACACAUUAGAACUCUUUGAUAAUCGACUUACAACAAUACCCAAUGGAGCGUUUGAGUACUUGUCCAAACUUAAAGAACUCUGGCUACGGAACAAUCCCAUUGAAAGUAUACCAUCUUAUGCCUUCAACCGGGUUCCUUCACUUCGAAGGCUAGAUCUAGGGGAACUCAAACGUCUCUCCUACAUUUCUGAUGGAGCUUUUAAGGACUUGACCAACCUGCGCUACCUGAACUUGGGAAUGUGCAACCUCAAAGAGAUCCCUAACAUCUUACCUUUAAUUAGGCUCGAAGAGCUAGAAAUGUCGGGAAACCAGUUGUCUGUCAUUAAGCCCAGCUCAUUUACAGGUUUAGUGAGCCUUCAAAAGCUGUGGAUGAUGCAUGCCCAGAUCCAAACCAUUGAGAGGAAUUCCUUUGAUGAUCUUCAGUCACUGGUGGAACUCAAUCUGGCUCACAACAACUUGACCUUUUUGCCACAUGACCUCUUCACGCCAUUACAUCGUCUGGAAAGAGUGCACCUCCAUCACAACCCUUGGAACUGCAACUGUGAUAUUUUGUGGCUCAGCUGGUGGCUUAAGGAAACCGUGCCUGCCAAUACUAGUUGCUGUGCUCGUUGUCAUUCUCCUUCAACCUUUAGAGGUCGUUAUAUUGGGGAACUGGACCACAGCUACUUCCAGUGUGAUGUUCCUGUUAUUGUUGAGCCCCCCAGUGACCUAAAUGUGACAGAAGGUAUGGGUGCUGAACUUAAAUGCCGUACAAGCUCGCUGACAUCCAUCAGCUGGCUCACACCAAAUGGCUCUUUGAUAACACAUGGGGCUUAUAAGGUACGGUUGUCGGUACUCAAUGAUGGGACAUUAAAUUUUACCAGCGUAACAAUGCAGGACACUGGUACUUACACUUGUAUGGUCAGCAACACAGCAGGAAACAUUACUGCUUCUGCAGUCCUUAAUGUCACUGCAGUGGAAAACAAUGGAGUUACCUAUUUUACCACAGUCACUGUGGAAACCAUUGAGACCCCCGUGGAUGACAGUCAAACACCACUGCCCCCAUAUGGCUGGGUACCAUCCUCUACUACAAAGGGUUUGCCCGUUUUAACAAGGACCACAGAACGGACUUAUACCAUACCAAUUCUUAAUGGAGAUGGAGAAGGAGCCCUCAAUGGUCUGGAUGAGGUGAUGAAAACCACCAAGAUUAUCAUUGGCUGCUUCGUAGCCAUUACACUCAUGGCCGCUGUUCUGCUGGUUAUUUUCUACAAGAUGAGGAAGCAGCAUAACCAACAGGACCCUGAUGGUCCUGCCUCCUCUAUGGAAGUCAUUACUGUUGAAGAAGAGCUUGCAGGUGUUGCUGCUAUGGAGAGACACCUAUCGCUCCCCCCACUGGAGCACUACAACCACUACAACACGUACAAGAGCACUUAUCACCACCCUCCAAUGCUCAGUACCAUACACAGCUCGGCCACACAAGAACCUUUACUGAUUCAAGCUUGUUCAAAAGACAAUGUCCAAGAAACCCAAAUCUGACCUUAAGAUUGACUACAUAUCCAGUAUUGCCAGUCUACAACUGGAAUACAAUGGACCAAAACUUUAAAAAAUAAAAGAAUAAAAUGCCGUUGACUUGACAGUUGAUCUUGACGGCACUCAGUGUUUGGCAAAGAGACAACUUGAAACUUUGAAAAGGGUCUUUACAAAAACAAAAGUUAUUUAUUAAAAAUGUCUAGUGGCUAAAU